AAAAAAACCUUAUUACUAAAAAAACAAUCCAAAACCACUUUCCCUUUCCCUUGUCCCUGCCCACCCCACGCCGCGUUGCCGUCUCCGCCGCACCGCCGCCGUCCCGCUCCUUCUCCUCCGCCGGAACCCACCGGAGCACGCCUCGAAGAGGAGCAAAUCUUUGUGCGCCCUCUGCCGGAUCUGUAUCGGCUCCCGCGACUCCUCCCUCUGUCGCGCCGAGUUGCCGGAGCAGAUGGUGGGAUUCGGUAGCCUUGCUCCCAAGACCAAGAACCUGGUGGUGGGCGGUGGGUUGACGGGGUUCGUCUUUGGGGUGUACUAUUACACCAUGAGAGCAGUCGGCAGCACUGAUGAGCUGCAGGUCGCCAUCGACAAGUUCGAAGACCUGAAGAAGAAGGACGCCGACACCAACCCUGCCGCACACCCCUCCACCCCAGGCUCAUCGUAGGAAAAAAACAUGAACUUAAAUUUUGUUUACCUGUACCAAGCUUGUAAACUAGUUACCUCACAACUAGAGCCCAGAACCAUGGCUUGGUUUCUUUGAUGAUAAUGGGUCAUGUUAGAUAGAGCUUUUUAUGGCAUGGGUGGAGUCCAGAAUUAGUAAUGCUUUUGUGUUUAUGGUGGCCACGGUGCCUGGAAGUUUGAUAUACUUUUUUUUUGAAACGGAGGAAGUUUGAUGUACUAGUACUGGAGUAGAAUUUUUGGAGGCACAUUAUUGCAA